AUGAAUGAAAUAUGAAAAAGCAACCCUAUGAUCAUGGGAUACGCGAUGAUUGGCGUAACACGAGUAUAGUACUUAUUUCGGACGUGCCUACAGACCAUGUGCGUUAUUAGGUACUUUACUUGGGAAUUCCUAUUAAAAAUGAAGAUGCAAUAGCCGCGUCAAAUUGAUACUACACUUAUCAACAAUCAUCGGACCUGUUUCACAACAGUACUCACUUGUCUCUUGCUACAGACACGCGCAUAUUUGAAAAAUAAUUAUUAAACAACUCGUCAUCGAAAACAAAUAAAGUGAAAUCACAUCAAUAGUUUUAAGAUCCUCAAUUGCUGGAUAGAUUCAAAUUGGAGAUGUCGUACGGCAUCGAAAGGUUCUUCUUGCUAUCCUACUGCUUGGCUUGCUGCUGGCCUGGCUUAGGAGCUAAGUCCGAGUUACGCAUUGUCAGACAGUGGCCGGAGCUGGAGUUCGUGUUUCCGAGCGAACAAGCAUACAAAGAAGCUAUAGAGAAACGAUACUAUGUGCCUGGAAAUUCCGUGCCCAUUGAUGUCGACGUUCAUCAUAGACAAGGUGAUUUAAAAUCUCGAAUCUUUGUCACAAUACCAAGAUUUGAUGAAGGCAGACCCAUGACAUUGGGUACCGUAGAUGACACUGGGAGAGUAUCUGCCUACCCAGAUUACUCCUGGCACGACAAUCAAGGCCAGAACUGCAAUGGAUUUACAUCCGUAUUUAGAGUUGCAAUUGAUGAAUGCAAUCGUUUGUGGGUAAUGGAUACGGGGAAGAUUGGAGACCAAAACCACUGUCCACCUAAAGUUGUAGCUUUUGACCUGGCCACCGACAAUGUUGUCUUCACCCAUAUCGUCAACGCAUCAAGUUAUAUUGGAACGUCACUAUUUAUUACACCUGUUGUUGAUGUACGAAAACGUGGUUAUGACUGCUCUGAUACAUAUGUCUAUGUAGCUGAUGUAUCUGGUUUUGGUCUUUUAAUUGUUGAUGUCGCCAGAAAUAGCUCAUGGAGAAUAUCACAUCGUCUUAUGUUCCCGUAUCCAUCACGAGGCACAUUCACUAUUGACGGGCAAAGCUUCGAUCUAAUGGACGGCAUUCUUGGAAUGGCCUUGUCUCCUUUACGACAUAAUGGAAUUGACCGUGAUUUGUACUUCCAUGCCCUGGCGUCUACUACCGAAAAUGUUGCACCCACUUCAUUAUUACGAAAUGAAUCCUAUAUCCACGAUUCAAAUGCUGAUCCACAAUUGAUUAAAGUUUUUGCAGAAGAACGACCAAAUCAGUCGGCUGCUGAAGCAAUUGAUCGUAAUGGAAUUAUGUAUUUUGGACUAAUGGAGCCACCUAGCAUUUGGUGUUGGAAUACAGCUACUGAGUUUUCUACCAGAAACUUCCACCAAUUGGCUGUUAAUAGGGAAACGUUGCAAUUUGCCAGUGGUGUUAAAGUCGUCAAUAAUCUCAAGGGUGAACAAGAAUUGUGGGUUUUGACGUCCAGUUUCCAAAGAGUUAUGACAGAUACACUUACCUCAAAUAGAAUUAACUUUAGAAUUCAUGCAGAGAAAAUCAAAACACUUAUCGAUAAUUCCCCGUGUAGGGUUUCCCCAAAGGAAAGGAUUGGAACACAAAGCUACCAUGCCAAUCUCAUCACGCCCAGCAGGGGUUACAAAAGUGGGACAUACAGAUAUGGCGCUGUCUCAUAUCUUUAGAAAUCCGUGCCAUGUCUGACCAUUUGCUCAAUAGCUUCAUGUGGAACUAUUGGCCAUUUAGGAAUAUAUAUUACUAACAAAAAUAAAUGUUGUCUAUUUUUACAAUAAAUUAUUUUACUUCUGUAAGUAAAACUACUGUGUGGAUAAAGUAUGUAGUGAUGAAUUACGAUAAAUACGAUACGAACAAAUAUGCAGUGGCGAGGAUAGUUUCCUUGCUUCCACCUUAAUAUAGAACGGCAUAUAGUAAAAAAAGGAAUUAAAUACCGUUAUAGCGAUUAUGUUACCAUAGUUGUAAGAUUUAUAAUAGACGUACAUUUUU